AUGCGUCGAAGUUGUAGUGAUCGAAUAUUUUGUUUUCUUAGUGCUUUAUUAAUAUUCUAUAUUGGAUGGUAUUUAGUCAAUAGUUUUUCUCAAAUUCUACAUGAUCCAGAAGAAGAAAUGACUUAUUUACAUGCUAUUAGUGGAUCAUCACCAAUGAUACACAAUGUUCAAUUAUGUUCUUAUAAUGAAAUUGAUUUUAUUAUUAUUAUUAUUUCAUCAGGUUCACAUUUUCUUGAAAGACAAGCAAUUCGAGAAACAUGGGGAUCAAUGUCUCAUAUAAUGAAUGCACAUUCUCAACGUCUAUUCGUUGUUGGUUAUGAAUAUGGUAGUCAUCUUUAUAAAGAUUUAUCAAAUGAAGCACGAAAUGAACAAGAUUUACUUUAUUUAACUGUUAAUGAUAAUUUAAUGACACUUAAAGAAUUAUAUGCAUAUCGUUGGUUAGAAAAAUAUUGUCCAAACGUAACAUUUACAUUUAAAACAGAAGAUGAUCUUUUUGUUAAUACAUUUCUUUUACAUGAAAUUAUUGGAGAACUUAAAACAAAUCCAGAUAGAUUCCAAAAUCGAUAUUUAUAUAAUAGUUCAUUAGAUUCACUUUUUCUUACUCAUCUUAAUCCUGAUGCACAUACAUUUCUUUUUGGUUGGGCAUUUGAACCAGGUAAACCAGAACGAAAUGCUAGUAUGGGGUCUUAUUAUGUUAGUUAUAAAGAAUAUUCAAAAGAUUUAUAUCCACGUUUUGGUUAUUUAAUGGAUUCUAAAACACGAGAUUUACUUGUUGAGGAAGGUUUUAAAGAUAAAUAUCCAUUUCGUUUUUCGGAUAUAUUUAUAACAGGCAUGUUACCUGAACGACUUAAUUUUAUUUGUGAUGCUCUUCCAUUUACUUAUCAUCAAGGUACUACACAACAAUGUAUAGACAUUAUAAAAAAAUAUAAUAGAAAAACAUCAGAGUUAUCAACACCUCCACUUAUUGUUUGUUCCACUGGUCGUCAUAUAGCACAAAAUACAUUUUCAGAUUAUUAUAGAAUUUGGACAGUUCUUAAAUAUUUUUUUGAUAAUCGAAUACGUACAACACGAAGUAGAAAAUUAAAGAACUAA